CUUCGAAAUAUCGACUUUUGACAUGCGCUUCACCGAGAAGGCGCAUGCGGAUGGUGUCAAGGGCGCGCCCCCGCAUACCGCGGGGCUGAGGGAUAGGAUCGCGCACUUCACGUGGCCAUGGUUCGCAGCAACCAUGUCAACAGGCUCUCUCGCCGUCGUCCUAGCCAACACACCGAACCGCUUCCCCGGCCUGCAAACCAUCGGCAAGCUCUUCUUCAUCCUCGACCUCGUGCUCUUCACGCUCUUCAACCUGCUCAUGACCACGCGCUUCAUCCUCGUCCCGCAGAAGCUGAUCGCGUCGCUGCACCACCCCGUCGAAGGCCUCUUCUACGGCACGUACUGGGUGUCCAUCGCGCUGAUCCUGAACUGCACGCAGGCGUACGGCGUGCCGGCGACGGGGCCCUGGCUCGUCAAGGCGCUCGAGGUGUGCUUCUGGAUGUACUGCGGGACGGUGUUUAUCGUGUCUGUAGCGCAGUACUAUUUCUUCUUCCAUACCGAGCGCUUGAAGGUUACGGAUGCGGUGCCGGCGUGGAUUUUUCCGAUCUAUCCGCUGCUGGUUGUCGGCACGAUGGCGGGGACGAUGAUUCCUAGUCAGCCGGCGCUGCAGGGCUGGUAUAUGUGGGUUGGAGCCGUCUGCCUCCAGGGCCUCGCGUGGAUCGUUUCGCUCAUGAUGUACGCGCUCUACAUGCAGCGCCUGAUGACGAGCGCACUGCCCGCGCCGCCAACAAGACCCGGCAUGUACGUUUCCGUCGGGCCCGCAGGCUACACCGCCGCAGGCCUCAUCUCGCUCGCCACGCAAGCCCCCAGCGUCGUCCCCGGCUCCAACUGGACGCGCGGCGCGCUGCCCAACGGCGUGCUGGUCCAAGGCAUAGGCAUCGUGUCCGGCUUCUUCAUCAUCCUGUUCGCCUUCUGGUUCUUCUGCAUCACGACCAUCGCGGUGUUGUUCGGGCUGCGCCGCAUGACGUUUACGCUGAAUUGGUGGGCGUUUAUCUUCCCGAAUGCGGGGCUUUGCUUGGCCGCUAUUCAGAUGGGAAGGGCGCUGGAUAGUUCCGGGAUUAAUGGCUUUUGUAGUGGGCUAACACUGCUGCUGGUUGUUAUGUGGUUGCUUACAGCGGGCUUUUGCGUGAGGGCGCUGUGGAGGGGCGAUAUUAUGUGGCCGGGGAAGGAUGAGGAUAGGACGAUGAAGGGGAUUCGGUGGGGGAGAAGGGGGACGUUGCCGGAGGGUGAGGCGGAGAAAGGGGAUUGAUGGGGGUGAGUGAUGGUGUGGUGCUGUAAUGUGUAUUGUGGUGACUGUGCAACGCAGGAGUUCCGCGUAUUUAGAAUCUAGA